GCCACCGUAUCUUUCAACAGCGAAAUCCUGGAGCGCGCUAUAAAUACAGGCCAUGGCUGCAUGUGCCGUGCGCCGUGCGCGCUCAAAAGCAUCGCAGCAUAGCAGAGGCUUUUUGUUGGUCGCAUCAGCCCGCGCUCGAUCAAUCAGCUGUGACUGGCUGAAUGACGGAAGAUGUGAUGGUCAGCCAAGGCAAUCGUGAAUCGUGAAUCAAUCUCAAGCAUGAUCAUCAGGCUGUAUGCGUGAUUGUCUACCACCAUCACAUCAGCAAUCUCUUGACGGGCAGCAGGCUCUAUUGGAUCCACAACUGUCACUGCAUCCAUUCAGUACUCUUGACCUGAAGAUAUAGGCUCUCGUCUUGUUUAGCUUGCAUCAAACCCGCCCGCAUCCACUUCGACCCAUCCCGCAAUCAUGUCGGCUCUUCAACAAGUCAUCCUGCAUCCCUACCUGAGCCAGCUGCUCAAAUUCUGGUCCACCACGGUCGGAAGGGACAAGACGUACAGGUCUAUUCAGUACUUUGCUAGAUUCUUGGCAUGGUACGAGUACAGAAAGGGAGCUACCAAGGAGACGGUGGCUCGUCUUCAGGCUCUCAAGAGCAGCAUUGGUCUCAGCAGAAAGCUGAUGCGUGCGGGCAAGUUCCUGGAGCACAUGCAGUCUGCUCUCAAGGCUACCACCAUCAAGGACCCCUUUGUCGCUUAUCUCGCUGUUGGACGCCAGCUGGGCUACAUGUGCUACCUCACUCUGGAUCUGCUGCAAUGGAUCCACGGUAGCAAGGCCUACCAGUUUGCCCCCGAGACGGCCAGCGCGAUCAGCAAGAACGCCUCUCGAUUCUGGCUCACCGGUCUUUCCUUUUCGCUAUUGUCUUCCGGUUACAAGACGUACGCUCUUCGUCAACGAUUGGGCGCCGCUUCUCGUCCUCGCGCCACUGCCGAAAAGGAGGCGGAAAGGCGAGCAGAGUUGGCUCAGAUCAAGACGGAACAAGCUAGCGUCAGAUACCAAGCUACUCAGGACGCCAUCGACUGGUUGCUUCCCGCUACCGGAGCUGGAUUUUUGGAUCUCGACGAGGGCGUGCUUGGUCUGGCCGGCUUCACCACCGCUCUUAUGGGCGCUCGCACCCAGUGGCGCGCCGUCAAUGGCCCUGCUGGUGCCAAGAAGUAAAGCUCCUCGCCUCAUGCUCAUCGUCUCGUCCACGGAGAACCACCGCAAAGGAUCUGUUUGGGAUUCGACGAGGAGGAGGAGGCGAACCGAUUCGGAUCAGACAUCAAAGAGGUUUGCCCCGCGUGAAUUGGCGAGCGCACUCUAUUCUCAGUCUUCACUAUGGUCGAUGUUUGCGCCCCGCCCCCGCGCACUUGUCCACUUACAAGCUUCGAGUUGCAAUGGAUUGCGAAAAGGUCAGAUUCGUGUCGCUUGCGGGAGCAGCGUAGAGUUUCAGGGAACGCUCCGAGUGUGUGUGCGAUCAGCGGUCGACGCAUGAGCAUUGCUGGGAGGGAGAUGCGAAAUGUCGCACAUUAUGUUACAGCACGGAAAGGGAAGGAGCAGUACAGCGCACAGCU